GCACUGCUGUGUUACAAUGUGUGGCACUGUUGCUGUCUAGCAAAGAGAGGGAGAGGGGAAGAUAAAAAAGGAAGGGGGAAGGCCUCCCACACAGGCAGAUAUGAGUAUGAGACUUAGAAGCUCCAUUAGUUCCUCAGAGCCAGCUGCCGGGUUCAGAUGGAUGUCUGUGCUGGAGUGUUUGAUCUCCAGUCAUCCAUAGCCUUACAUCUCUGCUUCUGUCUCCCGGCUUUUCCCGACAUUGGGCCUCUUGGGGCUGGAGAGAGCGCAGCUGCCUGAACUAUAGGGUAAAAUUUGCUGCUGUACCAUUUCGCUUCUGCUUGCAUCAGGGCACCACCACUGCUGCUAUCUCUGCCCACAUCCAUCCUCCUCCUCCUCUCCGGACAACUUUGGGAAUGGGCCAGCGCCUUGCCUGGGUGCAUCUCUCCACCCGGUGGUGUGGCUGGCGUCGUGCGAGAGUGAGGAGGGCAGCAGCCAGGUCAUAGAGCUGGCCCACCCCUCGCACCACUCGCUUGCUCUCAAGUGACUUUUGACCCCUUGACUCAGCCGUGACCCCGCCUUGACCAGCCAUGCCAUUCCGGCUGAAGCUGCGGCGCACACGGCGCUACAAUGUCCUGAGCAAGAACUACUUUGUAACCCGGAUCCGCCUACUGGACAAUAAUGUGAUUGAAUGCACCCUAUCAGUGGAGAGUACAGGACAGGAAUGUUUAGAGGCGGUGGCCCAAAGACUGGAGCUUCGGGAGACCCACUACUUUGGGCUAUGGUUCCAAGGGAAGACCCAGGCCCCGGCCCAGCGCUGGGUGGAACACGAGAAGCCCCUCAAGAAGCAGCUGGACAAGUUUGGCAAUGAGCCAUUGCUCUUUUUUGGAGUCAUGUUUUAUGUCCCCAGUGUUUCCCGUCUGGAGCAAGAAGCCACCAGGUAUCAGUAUUACCUACAGGUGAAGAAGGAGGUGCUGGAUGGGCGACUACAUUGCACAGAAGAGCAGGGGAUCAGACUAGCCGGCCUAGCAGUACAAGCUGACUUCGGAGACUUCAAUCACUACCCGUCUCAGGACUUCCUCAGGGAGUAUGUGCUCUUCCCUGUGAACUGGCCCAAUGGAGACAAAGCACUGGAGGAGUGGACCAAGAAAGUUGCUGAGGAGCAUAAGAGUCACUGUCGAAUGCAGGCCGCUGAAGCAGAACUGCUGUAUAUCAAAGAGGUGGAAAGACUGGAUGGCUUUGGCCAGGAGAGCUUUCCUGCAAAGGACAACUACACUAAUGAUAUAAUCAUUGGUGUGUCUUUCAUUGGAGUGUUUGUCAAACACAGAAAUGGGAGAUCCAUCAUGCUCCACAAGUGGAAGGACAUUGGCACCAUAGCUCACAACAAGUCAGCCAUCACAGUGGAGAUAACAAGCAGAGACGACACCAUCAUUUUUCACAUGGAGGAUAUGGAAAUGGCAAAGUACAUUGCUCGUCUUUUCACUUCUAGGCACAAGUUCUACAAACAAAACAAGAUCUGUGCAGAGCCCACUCACUCACCUGCACCAAUCAGGAGGAGACCCACUUGGACUCACCGUCUGUCUCUGCCACAACCCCCAUCCUGUAACUUCCAGUCAGUGCAUUCCCAGUAUGGAGAGCAUUAUCAGGACACACAGAGCUCACAAGACAGCAUCUUCCAUGAUGACCCUUACUACAAGUCAGAGACAAGUCUGGAUCGCCCGGUGGACCUAACAUUUCGAAACGGUACCGUGCCCAAUGGAAGCAUGUACAGCAGCCCCAGCCUCAGCUCUCUCAAUCGUUCCCAGACUUUCAUCCCACCAUCACACAGGUCCUCCAACCUCAGCAUCCCCAGCAGUGAAAUCAUGCGUCCUGACUACAUCCCCAGUCACCGUCACAGUGCCAUCAUUGCUCCUUCCUAUCGGCCAACGCCAGAGUAUGAUGCUGUCAUGCGGCAGAAGCGACGCAUGCUCCCCGCUCACCAUGACCUCCACAGUCAGUCACUGCGCAGUCUCAACAUUAGCAAUGCCUGUGCUUAUAGCCAGCCCAAAACUUUGGUGUAUAGCCAGCCAGAAAUGAGGGAGAGGGGUCCAUAUCACGUGCCUGGUCCCAGCCCUGGACCUUACGCACAACAGAUCAGCUAUAGUAAGCCAGUGUCCCAUGGCCCCCAUCAGGGAGGAGCACCAAGUAGCCAGGGUCCCUGUCUGUCACCUUGUGUUAAUGGAGGUGGAGGCAACAGUGGCGGUGUUGGAAGCUCCAUUUCCCAUACCGUCAGCACACCUGAGCUGGCAAACACCAAACAGCAGGGAGCCAACAUGGGAAACUAUGCAGUUACAGCCAACAUGCUGAGAAACCACAUGUCACGACCUCCUCCACCUUACCCUUCCAGCUCCUUCCGCCCAGCCACCAGCACGCCAGAUCUUGCCAGCCACCGUCAUCGUUGCAUUGGGGGUAGUAGUCCAGAGCUGGUUACCCGCAUGGUGCAGCUAUCAGUCAAGACCUUCCAGCCUGACAGCUCAGCUGUGGUGCACCAAUCACUGCAGGAAGUUAGUGAACCAUUAACUGCAGCUGCUAAGCACCGGUCCACUCUGGGCAAGAGACACAGCAUGGAGGUCAUCAGCAGCAUGAGAGGAGGGGGUGGGAUGGAGGGCCUAGUCAUGAAAAGCAUGAACGCUCCCCUUCAUCGGAGGAAUACUCUCAGAGAACAUGCUAUGCCAUCUCAGCCUCAGACCAUUCCUCAGCCUCAGCCACAACCCCAACCUCCACCUCAGCAGCCAAAGGAGUCCAUACCCAUACAGAAAACUUCCCAGAAUGCUCCUGAGGCUUCUGUAACACCACCAGCAACAGUGGCCUACCAGCAUCAAAAGACUCUUUCCAAUGCUACAAUGCUUAUACACAGUAGUGAGAGUGAAGAAGAGGAGGAGGAGGAAGAAGAGCGGCCUGAACUGGAUGUUCAGAUCCCAGGUCUCAACGAGGACAUCAGCAUCAGUGCUCAGCUCCAGGCCGCUCUGGCUAAACUGCCAAACAAACCCCCUCCAGAGUACCCUGGUCCUCCUAGACCUCCUGCCGAUGCUCAGAUCCGCCCUCACAAUCACAACCCCACUCCCCAUCAAAACCACAGUCAAGGACCACAUUGCAACCAGGGAACAAUUGACCCCAAUCAAGCACUCAAAACUGUGCAGAGCCAUGGUGCUGGCAUGCCUGGGGUUGGUGGUGGUGGGACACUGACAAGAGGGGAUCAGAGUGGGGUGAAUGGAGCAGUUUUAGGUCCAUCCAUUUCAGAGCCAGACCUGACCAGUGUGAAGGAGAGAGUAAGAAAGGAGCCAGUCAAAGAGAGGCCAGUCUCAGAGAUGUUCUCUUUGGAGGACAGCAUUGUGGAGAGGGAAAUAGCUCAGAGGACGCUGGAAAGACAGAAGAUGUCUGUGGACUCCAUGAAGAGACCGCUGAUGAUGGCUGCUCUCAAUGGACUCUAUGUGGGCCGGAUGCCUGUCCCAGAGAGUCCAGGAGGGGAAGGAACCAAGUCCACUACAGAUGAAAGAUGUAAGACUUUGGAGUUGAAGCUAGAGGAAGAGCGAGUCUUCACUGAGUAUGAACAGGUGCCUAAGAAGAGGGCAGACUGCAUUCUCACGUCCGCAACCUUGCCUGAAAACACUGAGCGCAACCGUUUCCGUGAUGUUGUCCCUUACGAGGAGAAUCGAGUUGAGCUUGUACCCAACAAGGAGAACAACACGGGUUACAUCAACGCAUCACAUAUCAAGGUUAUGAUCAGAGGGGAGGAGUGGCACUACAUUGCCACCCAAGGCCCAUUAGCCAACACCUGUGCUGACUUCUGGCAGAUGGUCUGGGAGCAGGGGGUCAAUGUAAUUGCCAUGGUUACUGCAGAGGAGGAAGGUGGGAGAUCCAAGAGUCAUCGCUACUGGCCCAAACUGGGCUCCAAACACAACUCAGCCACUCACGGCAAGUUCAAGGUGACCACCAAAUUCCGCACUGACUCUGGCUGCUUUGCUACCACGGGGUUAAAGGUCAAACAUCUGUUAUCCGGCCAGGAGAGGACAGUCUGGCACCUGCAAUACACUGACUGGCCGGAGCAGGGCUGUCCUGAAUAUGUUACUGGAUUUCUCUCAUACUUAGAGGAGAUCCAGUCUGUGAGGAGACACACUAACUCCAUGCUGGACACCUCAAAGAGCCUGAAUCCUCCUGUGGUGGUGCACUGUAGCGCUGGGGUGGGUCGCACUGGAGUGGUCAUUCUGACUGAGCUCAUGAUCAGCUGCCUGGAGCACAAUGAGCCAGUGGAGGUUCCAACCAUGUUAUCAGAGCUGAGGCAACAGAGGAUGCUGAUGGUGCAGACCAUCUCCCAGUAUAAGUUUGUCUAUCAGGUCCUCAUCCAGUUCCUGAAGAAUUCCCGCCUCAUUUAAACUUGGUCCUGACAUGAUGUGGAACAAUGACACUACAUGGUAAAAAUGGUACUUCAGCUUAGCAUGAGGACUGUAGAAAAGUAUACUGAGAUCUGGGAGAAGCAGAAACAGAGAUCCAUUCGAGUUUUCUGUUGGGGAGGUUUUGUAAGUAGUAGGGGAUUUUCAAACAAGCCCACCUCAAGGGAGAAGAGAAAUUGUGUAUUCCCGUGUAGAAAUCAACCAUUUCUCCUCAUCAGUGUAUUCACAUUUAGCUCUUUAUUUCUUCUUCAUCUUGAAUCUGGUUUUUCUGUCAAGCAUACAUGUUGUCCUGGCAGUUCAGGCAAACAAGCAGCUUGUCUUGACUGCAGUUGUGAAUGUUUCUUUCAGUGUGGCCUGCCUGUAUGUUCCUGACUUUUCUAAAGGAACACGUUGAGAAAAUCAGAUCUCAGUUUCAGUUCAGAGAGAUUUUUUGCCAGCUUCAUUUCUCUUUGUGUGUCUCUCUCUUUUUUAGCCAUUCUUAGACAUGGCAUCAUGGCAUAAUGCUGCCUAGGCAGCAAAAGGACUUUUUACUCUACACUCUUGAGUUUGCCAAGCAAAAGUUUCCUUCAAAUAACUGUUCUAAAUUUUUUUCUAAUUGUUAUUUUUUAUUUGUUGUUGAUCUGAACUUGUCUUAAACCACGCUACUGUUUUUUGUAAAGUGUUGCAUAGAUUCCUCCCACUGUUCUUGUGAAGACGCACCAACUGCAACAUUAA